CACACCCACUAGAUCAGUUAAUUCCUCCCCCCAUCGCUCUUCUCUUUCCCAUUUUGACGCGAGAACGUGUGUUGAUUCGAGGGGAGGUCAGAUCUGAUCAGAAAACACGCAGACAAACAAUCCACGGCCGUUGUCAGUCGCACCGAUGAUGAUUAUGGCGACGGCAUUGUACUAAUCUGGGGUUGUUGAUACGUACCUCUGUUGGUGAUUGAUCGGAAGAAGCAAAAAGAGAAGUAGGAAAAAGAUAUACACAGAGGCUGAGAAAAAUUGGGGGAGAAGAAAUAAUGAGGAGGAGAUGACUCUACCGGCGGCGAAACGGCGAUGGCGGGGCUUCGUAAUCGCGGCGGUCCUGGGCCUCGUCUUGCUUUCCAUGCUCGUCCCCCUUGCCUUCUUGCUUGGCCUCCAUAACAGCUUUCACUCCGCCACCGCAUAUGCAACUGAAAAACAAUCUUCAGCUUCAAAUGGUUUUGAAGUUUAUAAUCAACGCAAAAGCAGCAACUCCGCGAAUCAGUCUAAGGGGGACCAAUCCACACAUGCCGAAGACCUUAUAAGAAGAUUAAUACCAACUCUUCCAAAGGAUUUUAAUACAAGUGCACUCGAGGAAGUUGAAAAUAAAACUACAGGUACAGUUCCAGGCUUUCCUGUGCCAAUUGAUGUGCCGAAACCACAACACAGAGUAGAUAGCACUAGGAUUGUUGGGGGUGCUGCUGAAGUCACUGGAAAUAUGAAAGGUGUCAGCGAAGAGAGUGAAAAUUUUUGUGAAGAGAAAUUUGGGAGCUACUGUUUAUGGCGCCAAGACCAUAAGGAAGAAAUGAAAGACCAUAGGGUGAAGAAAUUGAAGGACAGACUUUAUGUGGCUAGAGCUUAUUAUCCUAGUAUCGCUAAGCUUCCAGCACAUAACAAACUGUCCCAGGAAUUGAAACAAAAUAUUCAAGAUUUUGAGCGAGUUCUCAGUGAGACAUCUACAGAUGCAGAUCUCCCACAGCAGAUGGGAAAGAGGCUAGAAAGGAUGGAAGCUGUGAUAGCCCGAGCCAAGUCAUUUGUUCUAGAUUGUAAUAAUGUCGACAAGAAGUUGAGGCAAUUAGUUGAUCUGACAGAGGAUGAAGCUAACUUCCACAUGAAGCAAAGUGCCUUUCUCUACCAACUCGCGGUCCAAACUGUGCCCAAGAGCCUUCACUGUCUGUCGAUGCGACUGGCUGUGGAGUAUUUCAGAUCUCCUCCUCCUGAUGUGGAACAGUCAAUGGCAGAGAAAUAUAUGAAUCCAUCAUUGCAGCACUUUGUGAUAUUCUCCAACAACAUACUCGCGUCAUCUGUUGUAAUUAACUCGACCGUAAUGCAUUCAAAAGAAAGUGAGAAUCAAGUUUUUCAUGUGCUGACAGAUGGAGAAAAUUACUUUUCCAUGAAGCUAUGGUUUUUCAGAAAUACUUACAAGCAAGCUGCAGUUCAAGUGUUAAACAUUGAAGGUCUUAAUCUCAAUGAACAUGAUAAGGCAACUCUGUCACGUUUGUCUUUAUCUGAGGAAUUUCGAAUAUCCUUUCACAGCGUUGAUAAACCAUCAAUAACUCGUACCAGAACACAAUACAUGUCUGUCUUUUCUCAUUCACACUAUCUCCUUCCUGAAAUAUUCCACACUCUGAAGAAAGUUGUUGUUUUGGAUGAUGAUAUUGUCGUCCAACAAGAUUUGUCAACUCUAUGGAGCCUUGACUUGGAGGGAAAGGUGAAUGGUGCCGUGCAGUUUUGUGCAGUGAGGUUGGCCCAGCUGAAAAACUAUUUGGGUGAGAACAUUUCUGAUGGAAAUUCUUGUGCUUGGAUGUCUGGAUUGAACAUUGUUGAUCUAGCUCGGUGGAGGGAGCUAGAUCUUACGGGGACAUUUCAGAGGCUGCUACAAGAGCAUUUAAACAGAGGAGAGGAACCAUUUCAAGCUGCUUCGGUGCGUGCAAGCUUGCUUGCCUUCCAAGACUUAGUUCACCCUCUCGAUGAUACCUGGAUGUUGUCAGGACUUGGUCAUGACUAUGGUCUGAAUAUCGAAGCCUUUAACAAGGCUGCAGUCUUGCAUUUUAAUGGCAAUAUGAAACCUUGGAUUGAUCUGGGCAUUCCAAAGUACAGAGGUUACUGGAAGAGGUUUCUGAUACGGGAAAAUCAAUUCAUGAGUGAUUGCAACGUGAACCCAUGAAGCGGGAGCCACAAGGCACAAAAUGUUAUCAUGGUCAUUUUGGAGGAGAUGGGACCUAACCGACCGGAAGUGUGGUGUGUCAUUUUUAUGGGUGCAAAAUAACUUAUUGCACCUUUUGCUAGUUUACGGGAAAUGAGUUGCAAAGAAGUGAUAUUUCCGGUGAAUUUUGAGAGACAAUUCAUUGGCGAAUAAGAAGAAAAAAGAUUUUGUACUGAAAAAAGAUCGACGUAUCAUUCUUGCCGGCACAUCUUCACGGCGUACGUGUCGGGACUCGGUUGCUAGGGCUGGAUGACAACAGCUUAGGGUUGAUACGCAAACUCCUGGAUAAUUCAGGGAGUCAGGGGAAGAGCUUAGUUUUCUUUCCAAUUGUUUUGAAUGAGCUUAGUUUUCUUUCCAAUUGUUUUGAAUUUGUAUGACAACGAAGUAUUCCUGUACAUGAGGGGCCAAAUUAGAUCAGAUAGGGCGAAGCAACAAAUUUGUUUGAUUUCAUUCACAGUUUUUUCUUUUUUCUACUUUUUUGCGACCUUGGUUUUCACUUUGCUGUCAUACAAAUAACAGAUUGAUCUGUCUUCUCUAGUAGUAGUAGUCAGUGCCUGCUAGGACCAUAUUUGGGCUUGUUUUUGAAUUGUUAAAUAACAUUUGUUGUCGUAUAGUACUAUUUUCUUUUAUAAUCUA